CUUUCACCUAUAUUCGUCCGUCCGAACAACCACUCGCCUCAACCACCCUCACCUCCACCCUUCGCGACACUCCCGUCGCCACAGUACAAUGAGUGUCCAGAGACCAUUCCAGCAGCUCGCGAGUCGCGCGACUGCACAAAGCUGUGUCCAGCGCUCCCAGCACAGCUUCCAGGGCCUACGGAUACCGCAACAGCAGUCGCGAUGCCUAGCCUCAGUUGCGCCGCCGGUCACGCAGAAUGCCACGGGAUCCAAGGGCCCGACGGCGAUGGUCUUCAUGAACAUGGGAGGCCCCGCCACCACCGAUGAAGUGGGCGGCUUCCUCUCUCGCCUCUUCGCCGACGCCGACUUGAUUCCCCUUGGACCGCUACAAAACUACCUCGGCCCGUUGAUCAGUCGGAGAAGAACACCGAAGAUCAAGAAGCAAUACGCGGGCAUUGGCGGUGGAAGUCCAAUUCGGAAGUGGAGCGAAUAUCAAGCGGCGGAGAUGUGCAAGAUUCUUGACAAAACCAACCCUGAGACUGCCCCGCAUAAACCAUACGUGGCGUUUCGAUAUGCCAAUCCUUUGACGGAAGAGACAUACAACAAGCUGUUGGAGGAUGGGUUCGGGAAAGGGCGAGGUGGGAGGGCGGUGGCGUUCACGCAAUACCCGCAAUACUCGUGCAGUACCACUGGCAGCUCAUUGAAUGAGCUCUGGAAGUGGAGGCAAAGACUCGAGUCUCCCACGCGCAACCCGGAUCUUUCAGCAGCAGAGGCAGAAGGCUCGAUUCAAUGGAGCGUCAUUGACCGCUGGCCUACGCAUCCUGGACUUGUGGAAGCGUUCGCAGAGAACAUCACCAAGACGCUCGAAACAUACCCCGAAGACGUGCGGGACAACGUGGUCCUACUUUUCAGCGCGCACAGCCUGCCCAUGAGCGUGGUCAACCGCGGCGAUCCCUAUCCGUCGGAGGUGGCAGCAACAGUAUGGGCGGUGCAACAGCGACUCGGUUUCCGCAACCCCUAUCGACUGGUCUGGCAGUCGCAAGUCGGGCCUUCGGCCUGGCUGGGCGCGCAGACGAGCGACACCGUGACCAACUUUGUCAAAAAGGGCCAGAAAGAUCUGGUCCUCAUUCCCAUUGCCUUUACCAGUGACCACAUCGAAACGCUGUUUGAGAUCGACCAGGAAGUCAUCCAUGAAGCCGAUCAGUUGGGCGCCGAAGGGCGCGUGCGCAGGGCAGAGAGUUUGAACGGCAGCCCGACGUUCAUCAAAGCUUUGGCGGAUUUGGCAGGUGCUCAUCUACACGGCGGAGAAGUGUGCAGUCGCCAGAUGGGACUGAGAUGCCCCGGGUGCACGAGCGAGAGAUGCCUGGAGCAGAAGCGGUUCUUUACGGGGUUGGGGCAGCAGAAGAACAAGGCUUUGACGUUGUGAGGCGUCAUUUGCUUGCAUCUCCGUCAGCGUUGCUUGUGUAAAUUAUGUAAGGCGAUUCGUAGCAUGCUGUGUAUCCAAGUGUCCAGCA